CAGAGGACCACCUGUCCUCCGGGCUGCACUGGACGCUGGGGGCUGCUGGGACCAUGCAGACAGCGGGGUUCGGACUGGUUCUGGUCGCCGCGGUGCUGGUCCGGACCCGGGCCGAGGUGGUGGACGACAUCCUGGGCAGCCUCGCGCGCGGAGUGUCCUUCCUUGAGCUGCAGCACGCGCACAUCAACCUGGACGGGGCGGUGGGCUUCGUCAUGCUGCAGGCGGAGCUGAAGGAAGCGGUCCGGACCUGGCCCCACACCGACCCGGUCAGCUGGGCCCAGAGGACCACGGCCAAUGCUCUGCUCAAACGUUUGGACCAGAACCUGGACAAGGCCGUCACAGCGCUGCGGCAGAACGACCCGAAAUACUACCGAGAGUUCGAACCCCUGCUCACCUGGAGGUUCUGGCUGACCCGUCAGGCCCGGCGGACCUCAGAUCCCAGCCUGGUGUACCCGUCCUCCAUGACGUCCGAGUGCUACGACGAGCAGCUCAGUGACAAGUGUCUGACGCUACUGCUGGGCACCUGGAAGACGAACGGGACGCCCUGCAUCGUCACCAAACCCUGCAGGGACACCAUGACCCGCUUCGGCUGUCCACACUACUCCCUGUCCCACCAGCUGCUCUACUUCCUGAUCGGCAGCAUGAGAGGCUGCAGCGACCUUCUGAAGGGCGACACGCGAGCAACCAGAACCAACAUGACCCAACAGAACUACCAGGAGAUCUUCUGCUCCAACAUGAUGAAGGCCAACCAGCUCAUCAUCAGCGACGGUUUGACGGAGCACACGGCGGACAUCUUCACAGAGAACAUCCUGAUUUGUGGACUGGCUGGUUUCUGGGACUUCUACAAAGCUGACUGGCUGCAGCACAUCCUCAGAAUGCAGGACGAGGAGGUCGGCUGCUUCGGGAGGGACAUGAACGUCGUCUCUCAGAUUAUUGGAGAUGAGCUGCUGGAGCAGCUGCAGCCUCACAGGAGGGUGAAGAGGAGGGAGAAGGUCCUCCCAGGUCUGUACGGCUGCUCCAGUCACAUGACAGCGGUGGCGGUGGGCGCUCUGGGAGGUUACCUGAACUUCCACCUGUCGGAGCAGGACAUCACCAAGAGGCCGCUGUCCUGAGGCACAGGGAGCCUCCACAACCAGAACCUGAAGGACCCGUGGAUCUGUAGGGAACACUGAAGCUGCACACGUCCUUAAUCUGAACAAACCUGAAUUAUCAAACAAACUGAUGAAAUCAUUUCAACAACUCAGAUUACAGAUCACAGGUUACAGAUCACAGGUUACAGAUCACAAUUUACAGAUCACAGAUUACAGAUCACAGUUUACAGGUUACAGAUUACAGAUCAC